CCGAAAAAUUCACUGCACAAACCAGGCCAGCCUUUCAGCGUUCGCCCUCCCUCCGUCCCUCGCCGCUCGCCCACCCUCCGUCCGCCGCCGCGCAUCCUCCGUUUCACCCCCUUGGUGCAGAUCCACCGCCUCGGGUUCCGGAUCUAGCCGAUGGAUAGCUCCGACGGUGACGGCUUCAACGGAGGCGCCUUCGAUGGCAACCAAGACGUCCCCGACGGAUUAGGUCCCCGGCCCGCCGCCUCCCAUCCAUUUGGCGGAUCCAGCAGCACCAAUCCCGCCCACGCGUUCGCCGGCAACGCGUGGCCGGACAUGGACGCCUACAUGGCUACAUCAAUUCGGGCCAGGAGGUGCACGCAAUGCCGCCCCCUCCCUCCAUUCCAGUCCCAUCUCAGACGACAGGCACCAGGCCCGGCUUCCAGGCGCCUUGCACGGUCGCUGCACCAGGAGGAGGUGCAGGGACGGGCGCACACUUCCACGGAGGAGGUGCAGGUGCAGCGACGGACGGUCAGGUCCAGGGACGAGGUGCAGGCCGUCGUCCCUGGGGCCAGAGGGGCCGGAGUGCGGGGACAUCGUUUGUGCCUGCUGCGGCUACUCUGAUUGAGGGGGACUCCACAGAUGAAGAGGAAGCCGAUGAGGAAGGUGAGCAGCUCGCCCCGCUCAGCACCAGCACCCCUCGCUCCAACGCUAGGAAAAGAGCCAGCAGUACAAGCACCACAGCCCGCGGCCCAAGCAAAAGGUCCAAAAUUCCAGCAGUUAGGUCAGCGGACAGCAUCAUGACCCACCGCAAUAAGCUUAUGAGUAAAAGGAAUGCGCUCAUACAAGACCUGCGGCGAAAAAGGGAGGAAAUGGAAGAAGCUGCCCGCACUGAGCACAGGACGAGGGUCCAGAAAGUCCACCAGCUGGCAGCGGACUUGGGUGUCAGUAGAGUCGACAGCACACUUGUUUCGCGGAGUAAUGCGCAUAGUGGAGAAUGACAAUAGUAUGGAGCUGUUCUUUAUCACCUCUGAUGCAGGAAGGCGCAUCAUGAUCGAGCACUACUCGACGGCUGCUGUGACAUCAACAACUACAAGCCAUAGCAAUAACAGUUGGGAUGAUAGUUUCUUCGAUCUUCUUGAACUUUGCUUUGAAGAUGAAGACGAGGACGCCUUCUUCUACGCUAUGUAUGAAUAUGCUGUGCAUGCUGAAAAGCAUUUGAGUAGAGCACUGUGCAGGCAACCUCAGAUGACCGGUUUGGAAUGGGUACAGAGGAACUUGGGGGAUAGGAAGUCCUGUUACAGCAUGUUUAGAAUGAGCCCAGAUAUGUUUCAUAGCCUUCAUUCCCUGCUGGUACAAUCUUAUGGCCUCAAAUCUAGUACGAAAUCCACCUCGAUUGAGGCUCUAGGGAUGUUUCUUUGGAUGCUUGGGGCCCCUCAAUCAUGUAGGCAAGCUGAGGAUUAGAUUUGAGUGGUCAUUGGGGACAGUUAGCAGCAUGUUCACCAAAGUUUUGAAGAGUGUGGUAAAGCUUGCUGCCGACAUCAUAAAGCCUGUGGACCCACAAUUCAGCACAAUGCAUCCUAGACUAGGGAACCGUAUGUUCUUUCCCUACUUCAAUAAUUGCAUAGGGGCCAUCGAUGGAACUCAUGUACCGUGUGUGGUGCCGAAGAAUCUGUUCAUGCAGCAUUUGAGUCAGAAGGGGAUGACCACACAAAAUGUUAUGGUUGCCUGUGACUUUGACAUGAGGUUUACAUUUGUGCUUAGUGGAUGGCCUGGAUCUGUUCAUGAUACGAGACCCUUCAAUGAUGCAAUGACAACAUAUAGCCAUGUGUUUCCACAUCCACCAGCAGGGAAGUAUUACCUAGUGGACUCGGGGUAUCGCAACCAGGUUGGAUACCUAGCUCCUUACAAGGGAACAAAGUACCAUCUGCAGGAGUAUAGGAAUGCCGCACCACCACAAGGUAUGGAAGAGACCUUCAACUAUGCACAUUCUUCCCUUAGGAAUGUCGUUGAGAGGUCUAUUGGUGUGUUGAAAAUGAAGUGGAGGAUGCUGAAGGAGAUACCUUGUUAUGCACCGCAGAAGCAAAGCGAAAUCAUACAGGCAGCAUGUGCAUUGCAUAAUUUCGUUAGGAAUAGUGGCUUACGGGAUAGACACUUUGGUCGUUGUGACCGUGAUGAGAACUUUGUGCCGCAUCAAGCAUUUGAGGAUCAGCCGGAGACUGAAGAAGUGGAAGAUGAACCGGACAGCAUGAAUGUGUUUCGGGAUUCGAUUGCGCUUGCUUUGUUUAACCGUAAUUGAAAGUUUUGUUCGAACUGUGUAUGCAUGCAUGAGGACAUGGAUGCGUGCUGUUUUGUUUGUGCAGAAAAUGUGUAUGCUAGAGAACUGUUUGUUUGUGGUUCAAUGACGGUAAUAGUGUUAAUAUCUGUUUUUGUGGCAUUGUGAUAAGGUGUGUGAGCUCACCAAUUGCAUGUUUGAGAUUUGAUAACAGCAACAUGAGCAUGCAUGUUUAUGCAUGGAACAAGCAAUGCUACCCAAAUGAAGCAUUAAAUAAGGGAAAAAGAGGAAAGUUGUUGCUGCUGGCCAAAAAAAUUUGGGAAUUAAACACCACCCAAAUUUUUUUGGGGUUCGAAGUUUUUGGGCUUCACCUGCCAAUGGCAGAUUUUUGGCUUUGGGCAACAUUUUUUUUGCCAACUAAACGCAGCCUGACCAACAAGAAGGGCAAGAAGAAAUAAAUGUGAGGGAAGGAGGGGAGGAAAGGGGGGAGAUUGCGGAAGGCAGGGCCAGGGAGAGGUUCUUUCUUCUUUGUGCUCUACUGUGUGAGCCAUGGCGAGGCAGCUCCAUUUCCUUGGCCUCGCCAUUGCUCUGUUCGCCGGCAUCUCUUCCGUGGCUCCACUGGCAGAAGCUUAUGAUCCUCUUGAUCCAACUGGGAAUAUCACAAUCAAAUGGGAUAUCAUGCAGUGGACUUCAGAUGGCUAUGUUGUAAGUACACUGUUAUACUACUAUACUGCCAACUCCCCGUACCUCCUUCAUACUUUUUCUUCCGCGGAGCCCUCGAACGUGAACACCUGGUUUCUUCUUGCAGUGACAUGGAACGUGACAUGUACGUAUUCACAAUUUGUUGCUCAGCGGGCUCCAACCUGUUGUGUUUCGCUCUCAUCAUUCUACAAUGACACGAUAGUUAACUGGCCAAAAUGUUCAUGUGGCUGUCAGAAUAAUAUUACCAGACCAGGAAGUUGUGUGGAGGGUAAUUCACCUUAUUUGGCUUCUGUCGUGAAUGAACCAGGCAAGAGCAGCAUGGCUCCUUUAGUACAAUGCACGCCCCAUAUGUGCCCAAUAAGAGUGCAUUGGCAUGUUAAGCUCAAUUACAGGGAGUACUGGAGGGUGAAGAUCACGGUUACAAAUUGGAAUUACAGGAUGAACUACUCACAGUGGAACUUGGUAGUGCAACAUCCAAAUUUCGACAAAGUCACUACUAUUUUCAGCUUCAACUACAAGUCUCUGAACCCCUAUGGAGUAAUAAAUGAUACUGGAAUGCUGUGGGGUAUCAAGCACUACAAUGACUUGCUCAUGGUGGCUGGGGCAGAUGGAAAUGUGCAAUCUGAGCUUCUGUUCCGGAAGGACCCCUCGUCGUUCACUUUCGAGAAAGGCUGGGCAUUUCCAAGGCGGAUAUACUUCAAUGGCGGUUUGGGCAGCGAUGCUGUUCUUAUGGCUUCGUAUGUAGUGACUAUUGAAGGAUCAGCUGAUGUCUAGGCAACUGACAGAACUGGUGAACUGAUUCUGAUCUGCUUUGAUUAGGAUGUGAACUUGUGAUCCUGCAAGCUGAUCUGCUAACUGGUGAUCCUGCUAACUAGUUCUGAAGGUUAUUUGAGGCAGCACAACACUACCUCCCAAGUGAAACCUUGUGUGUGUGACUGAGCAUUUAUCUA